AUGGGAUCGAGGGUUGAAAACGUUCUUCAGUCUUUGACGCUGGAAGAGAAGAUCUCGCUGCUUUCUGGGAACGACUUUUGGGCGACGACGCCGAUUCCGGAGAAGGGUAUCCCUAGUAUCAAGACGAGCGAUGGGCCCAACGGCGCGCGUGGCGAAGUAUUCACAGGAGGGACAAGAGCAGCAUGUUUCCCCGCUGCAGUAUGCUCGGCUGCAACAUGGGAUCCGACAAACGCCAUGCGCAUAGGUCAUGCUCUGGCAGAGGAGACCAAGACCAAGGGUGCAAAGGUGAUUCUCGCACCCACAAUGUGCAAUCACAGACAUCCCCUUGGUGGCCGAAACUUUGAGUCCUUCUCCGAAGAUCCUUAUCUUGCCGGCAAGAUGGCCGCCAAUGUUGUCAAAGGGCUGCAAGACAAGGGAAUCGCGGCAACCAUUAAGCACUUUGCAGCCAACGAGCAGGAGACAGACCGUAUGAGCGUUAAUGAAAUCGUAUCGGAGCGUGCACUGCGGGAAAUCUACAUGAAGCCUUUUGAGAUUACCGUCAAAGAGGCAAAACCUCUCGCUGUGAUGACGUCGUACAAUAAGAUCAACGGAACGCAUGCGGACUCCAACUCCUUCCUCCUCCAGCGAGUCCUACGAGGCGAAUGGGGGUUUAGCGGCCUGGUUAUGAGCGAUUGGGGUGGUGUAAACUCCACCGCUGACUCACUGAACGCCGGACUAGACCUAGAGAUGCCGGGACCAACGAGAUGGCGGAAGAUUGAUGACAUCAAAGAGGCUGUGAAGAAGGGUGAUGUGACCGAGGCGACCAUCACCGAGAGGGCAAGGAACGUCUUGAACCUGAUUGAGCAGGUUGGUGCGUUUGAAAAUCCGGAGAUUCCACCAGAGCAGUCCAUCGUCGACCCCAAGCAUUGCAAGCUCAUCCGUAGUGUUGCAGGACAGGGCAUUACUUUGCUCAAGAAUGACGGCAUUUUGCCACUAAGGAAGGACAAUGUUAAAGGAAAGAAGAUUGGUCUGUUUGGGUUCGCAAAGGAGGCUCUCAUCCAUGGCGGUGGAAGUGCGUCGCUGAAUGCUCACUACCGCAUCACUCCUGAAGAAGGUCUCAAAUCCGCGUACGGUGAUGAUGUCGAGUUCAAGUUCGCAAAGGGAGCAGCGACAUACCGCCUCCUCCCACCGCUAUCGGAAGGCUGCAAUGAUGUCACAGGCAAAGGCGGCUGGACAAUGGAGCUUUUCAACAAGGGUAACACGUUGAAGCCUAUCAAGACAGCCAACGGCGUUAAGGAAGCUGCCUUCAGCGCGCUAGUCGACGCAGAGGCUAGGGAUUGCAACGUCCAUUUCACGACUACUUUUACACCCAGCAAGUCUGGCUCGCACUACCUAGGAUGCUCAGGCAUAGGACCCACUGCCGUGCGUAUCGAUGGCAAACUCGUCUUUGAGCAAACGGGAAACUCGCCGGAUUACAUGGGCUUCCUAUUCGGCGGCAAUCCCGAGAAAGAAUUCCAGGUUUCCUUUACCGCAGGCACGCAAUACAAGAUCCAGAUCAUCUCCAAGCCACAGCCCGACAACGAUGGAAGCAUACUUGCAGACCUACCGGGCUUCAGACUAGGCUUCAUGUACGAAGACGAGCACGACAGGGACCUCGCGGCCGAAGCAGCCGCAAUCGCAAAAGAAUGCGAUAUCGCCAUUGUCUUCACAGGCCACACGCCCCCCUGGGAAACCGAAGGCCAGGACCAAGUCAGUUUCAAUCUGCCUCGAGAGGGAUCGCAGGACAAACUUGUCGAGAGAGUUGCGUCCGCCAACCCGCACACCAUAGUAGUUAACUCCACUGGUGUGGCCAUCAACUUGCCCUGGAUCAACAAGGUCUCUGCCCUGAUACAAGCUUGGUUCCCAGGACAAGAAGCCGGCAACGCCAUCGCGGACGUGAUUUCCGGCGCCGUGAACCCUUCCGGUCGUCUACCGAUUUCCUGGCCCCGCCGCAUCGAAGACGCGCCUGCGCAUGGGAACUUUCCUGGUAUCCGCGACGAGAAAACAGGACAGCUCACUGUACGGUACGAGGAAGGUAUUUUUGUGGGAUACAGACAUUAUGACCGUCUUGAUGCUGAUAUUGUACACUUCCCCUUUGGCUUCGGUCUCUCAUAUACUUCUUUUGCGUUGAGCAGUGCGAGCGUUGAACAGCGGUCACCCGGCUCCUUUGUGGCCAAGGUCGAGGUGAAGAAUACAGGAGCUAUUGAUGGAGCUGUGGUAGUGCAAUUGUAUGCCGGGAAGAAACAGAAGGAUCUGGUUAAACAUCCAGUAAAGACGCUAGUGGCUUUCAAGAAAGUCUUCAUCUAG